CACCCCAUAUCUGAUGCUGAGGGUACAAUGUGCGCUGAAAUGGUUCCAGUUUUUGACGGCGAUGAGGGGAUGGGUAUUCCCAAUGCGGAUUUUGUGAUCUAUUUGGGCCUUUCUACCAAAAAGCCGGGUACGAAGAUUUGCACCUACGACGUGAAGGGACGCCCAACAUCUGCCAUGAUCAAAUUGAAUCCGUUUGAGAUCAAAUAUACGCCGCACUAUGUUCGCGUUGUUGCACACGAGAUUGCGCACGGGCUUGGGUUCUCCAUGGACGUCGACAAAUUCAGGGAAAUGGUGGUCGGUAAAGAGAAUAGCAACUACACAGGGUAUGAAGAGCUCAGCAGUCCAGAAAUAAAUAAGAAAGUGAAGGAACACUAUGGUUGUCAUGAAGACAUUGGAAUGAAAUUGGAUAAUUCUCCACCGGAGAGCGAGAACGAUGCUGACACUCACUUUGAUGGAAGGGUUGCGAGGAACGACCUGAUGGCUCCACUUCACGGAAGCCAACACGGAGAGAUGUCGUACACUGCGUUGACCCUUGCCGCAUUUGAGUCUACAGGGCAUUACAAGGUGGAUUACUUCAAGGCUGAAGAUAUGGGUGGGAAGAAAAGCUGUGAAUACCUUAAAGGUGAGUAG